AUGGCGAUAUUUCGGCGUUUUGGUCCUGCUACAACAGUACCUCGAGCGCGCCAGCUUGUUCGUUCCUGGUGUGGUCAACUUGGCCAUUUUCAAGCUGGCACAUUCGAGUGCACGCGACUUGCUCCUGCGAGGCCUGUGCAACAUCGCAGCAUCUCAAGCACCAAAGCCACCCCACGCAUUCAUGUCCUGGGCCUAGGAAGUGUCGGCGCUUUCACUGCCCACUCGCUUGCUGAGAUACCUGCAAGACCAGCGGUAAAUCUACUGCUUCAUCGUCCCUCUCUUGUGCAAGACUAUGUGGAAAAUGGAAACAGGAUCCGAUUGAAGACGCACCAGGGCCAGAAUGUAGCUCAAACGGGCUAUGACUUGGAGGUGUUGCACGGUAAAACCUGGCACUUGAUGCAGGAUUCGCGCACGUAUGGGGCUGCUGAGGUAUUGCAGUCAAUAGGAACCCCAGUCGAUGAGAACAUCGGCGACCUUAUCGUGUGCGUCAAGUCUACCCAGACGGUUGCAGCCCUACAGCCUCUUCUACCCAGACUUUCGCGCAAGUCCAAUGUUAUGUUUCUGCAAAAUGGCGCGGGCAUGAUCGAAGACGCAAACACAUUCCUUUGGCCUGAUCCGCAUGUGCGACCAAAUUACGUUACGGGAGUGAUAUCGCACGGCAUCACUCUGAACAGACCCUUCGAUAUCACUCACACGGGGCCUGCAGCAACAUCAGUAGGACCAGUUCCUCGAGAAGAUGGUGACGCAGCUCAACCGCUUUCGCGGCUGCUAGACAUUCUACCUCUUGCACACCGUCUGAAAUGCCAGGCUUAUUCGUGGCCCACUAUACUUCAGGUCCAACUAGAGAAGCUCGCCUGCAACGCGCUCAGCAACCCUAUCUGUGCACUCGAAGACGCAGUGACUGCCUACAUCCUCAGCAUUCCAGAAACCAACAUGAGACUCAUGCAGGAAAUCUCAUCCGUUAUCCUCGCUCUGCCUGAAUUACAGGGUGUGGAGGGUGUGAAGGACAGAUUUUCGGCGAAAUCUUUGCACCACACGGUUAUGGAUAUCAUUGAGAAGAAUAGAGCAACUACGCUCGGCAAUAUGGCACAGGAUCUACGCUCCCAGGAUAUCAAAAAUCCAAUUGACAUUGCAGAGUACCUCUUCCGCCGACUUCAACAAGUUGGAGUCGAGUCAGUGCAUGGUGUGCCAGGAGACUACAACCUCGUCGCACUUGACUACAUUCCCAAAGUCGGCCUGAAAUGGGUCGGCAAUUGCAAUGAGCUCAAUGCUGGCUACGCGGCAGAUGGCUACGCAAGAGUCAAGGGCAUCUCUGCAUUGGUCACAACUUUUGGUGUUGGAGAACUCUCGGCAGUCAAUGCUAUCGCUGGCGCUUACUCCGAAUACGUACCCAUAGUCCACAUCGUCGGCUAUCCUUCGACUGCAUCCCAGAAGAACGGAGCACUGCUACACCACACUCUUGGAAAUGGCGACUUUACUGUUUUCUCGAGGAUGUCCAGGGAAAUCUCAUGUGCUGUGUCCAUGCUGAACAGCCAACACGAAGCGGCCAUGCUCAUCGACAAUGCCAUCCGGGAAUGUUACCUAAAGUCGAGGCCCGUCUACAUAUCUUUGCCUAGCGAUAUGGUGACGAAGAAAGUCGAUGGCGACCGCCUCAACACACCACUGGAUCUGGUAUACCCACAGAACAACCAAGAAGCCGAAGACUAUGUUGUAGAUGUGGUCUUGAAAUAUCUACAUGCAGCAAAGAACCCUGUCAUCCUUGUGGAUGCAUGCGCUAUCCGCCACCGAGCGUUGAAGGAAACUCACGACCUCAUCAAAAAAUCAGGCAUCCCUACAUUUGUUGCGCCAAUGGGAAAGGGCGCAGUGGAUGAGACGCUACCCAACUAUGGUGGUGUAUACGCCGGAGACGGUUCCAACGCCGGUGUGCGGGAACGUGUUGAGUCGUCAGAUCUUGUUCUCAGCAUUGGUGCUAUCAAAUCCGACUUCAAUACUGCAGGCUUCACCAUUCGCAUGUCUCAGCUGACCACCAUCGAUCUACACAGCUACGGAUGCAAGGUACGCUAUUCGGAAUACCCGGGUGUAAGAAUGAACGGCGUUCUCUCCAAGGUUACAGCAAAGCUAGGAAAGCUGAACAUUGAGUCCGGACCCAACCCAAACAACAACAUUCCAGACAAGGAGACCGCAUCUACUGAAUCAUCUAUCAAGCAUGCCUGGUUUUGGCCAAAACUCGGUCAAUGGCUGAAGAAGGACGAUAUCCUCAUUACCGAGACUGGUACCUCUAACUUCGGCGUCUGGGAGACUCGCUUCCCAACAGGCGUCAACGCCAUCUCACAAGUCCUCUGGGGCUCUAUCGGAUACGCAACUGGCUCCUGUCAAGGUGCCGCCCUCGCCGCCAAAGAAUCAAACAUCAAGCGCACUAUACUCUUUACAGGUGACGGCUCUUUCCAACUCACAGCGCAAGAGGUCUCGACUAUGAUCCGCAACAAGCUGGCUCCUAUCAUUUUUGUGAUCUGCAACAAGGGUUAUACAAUUGAACGACUCAUCCACGGAUGGGAGGACUCCUACAACGACGUUCAGGAAUGGAAGUACAAGGAUAUCCCCCGUGUCUUUGGCGCCGAAGAAGGCAGUGUGCUUACAUAUCGGGUCGAGACAAGGGAGGAAGUUGAGAAGCUGUUCCAAGACGAAGAGUUCUCUAGUGGCGAGACGCAGAAGAUGCGGUUUGUCGAGUUGGUCAUGCCGUGGGAUGAUGCACCGGCUGCGCUCAAGGCGGUUGCUGAGGCUGCGGCGAAGACGAAUGCUAGUGCUGAGUAG